AUGAAGGAAGCAAUCGUGAAUCCUGACCUCAUGGUUACCGUGAACCAUGACGCGCCAAUCCCUACACCAGCGGCUACCCAGAUUUUGAUCAGGAUUGUAUGUGCCGGGUGCAACCCGAAGGACUGGAAAUUCCCGUUCUUUUCAAAGACCAGCAGCAACUCUGGUGACGAUAUGGCUGGCGUUGUAAGUUCUGUUGGAACUAGCGUCCUUGAGUUUAAGCCCGGUGACCGAGUCGCAGCCUUUCAUACAAUGCAAGGACCCGGAGGUGCAUUUGCUGAGUACGGCCUCGCCGAGAGCUGGACAACAUUUCAUAUACCAGACGGCAUUAGUUUUGAGGAGGCCGCGACCAUUCCACUUGCUGGCUUUGCCGCUGCCAUAGGGAUACAUUGGCGUCUUAGCCUCCCCAUGCCCUGGAGCCCCGCUACGAAACGAAUCCCGUUGAUAGUUUACGGUGCGUCUACUGCCGUUGGAUCUUUUGCAAUCAAACUUGCACGGCGGUCAAAUAUUCAUCCCAUCAUUGCGAUUGCUGGAGCUGGAGCGCCAUUCAUUGAGUCCUUGAUCGAGCGAUCUGAAGGAGACACCGUUGUCGAUUAUCGUAAUGCAAGCGACUAUGUAGUCGAAGAAAUUAGAAGCGCACUGAAAGCCGCCGGAACAAAGGAUAUAUUCCACGCAAUCGACACAGUAUGUGAGAAUGGUAGCUACCGAAACAUUUCAAAAGUUAUGACGGACGGUGGCCACAUCACUUUGCUUCGUCCCGGUGAGGAUUAUUCCGAUAUCCCGGCUUCAAUUGAAAGAACAGUUACCUAUGUUGGCAACGUCAACGGUGACGGACUUGCAACAAAUGGAAGAGACUUCGGACUUGUUUGGUCUCGAUUAUUCACGAGUGGUCUGCAUGAUGGAUGGUUGAACGGCCACCCUUACAAAUUAUUGCCUGGGGGGUUGAAUGCACUCAGCAAAGGGUUAUCGGACCUCAAAGACGGAAAAUUGAGCGCUAGUAAAUAUGUAUUUAAAGUUGCAGAUACAAAGUAA